UGUUUAGGGCAAGGCAGUGGAUCGAUCGCUUCGGCGUGGCGCAAGGGUAAUGCAGGGGCUGGAGCCGAUCCAGAGGCUGGUUCUCACCGAUCUCACAUCGGCAGAGCUCGAUCCAGCGAGAAUGGCCGAAUCUCCAGCUGAAGCCGACGGAUUGAAAGAUUCUGUGCCGUCGAGCAGCUCCCAGGGAUCGGGAGGCUCUGGCGCCGGCAGAGGAGGCACGCUGCGGUGGAUCUGGAGCGGCCUUGUGGGGAUCUUGUUUGGCCGCAGGAACAUUGAUUUUGAGAAGAGGCUGCGGCAUCUGUCCAAGGAGGAGGUCACUGUGCACAGCCGCUUGAAGAGGAGGACGCAUACGUGGAGAAGGGUCGCGCGAGCUAUAGUUCUUUACUCGGUGCUCAUCGAGGUUCUAGCGCUAGGAUUUGCAUUGGUUUCCACCCGGUCGCUUGACAUUCCUUGGAAGCUGAGAGCUAUUAGAGUGUUCCCAGUUUUCGCAGUCCCUGCUAUAGCGGCUCUGCUAUACACAGCAUGCUCGCGCUACUUCCAUAUGAGAGAGCGUAAGGAUCAGCGAACUCUAGAGAAACUGCGGGCUGAAAGGCAGGCGAGGAUAGACGAGCUGAAACAGAGAACGAAUUACUAUGCUACUCAAGAGCUUAUCCAAAGAUAUGAUCUAGAUCCCACGGCCAAGGCGGCUGCCGCAAGCGUUCUGGCGGCCAAGCUCGGAGCCGAAUCGGGCUUGAAUGUGGCGUUCAAAUCGUCAGAAGGCGCUGACAGUUCGAACGCCACUACUUCAGCGAACGGUGGGAAAACCCGCAGCCCCGAAACCAGCUCCGGUUUGAGGCAGCGCAAAGGAUCACAGGCUCAAACCAAAGAGCCCCUCGACACUCAAGGAUUUCUCAAGGCUCUUGAGGACGAAGUGAAGGGAGAGAGGGAAACGGAGGCUCUGGACCGCGACGCCGCCAUGGAUCGGGCUAGAGGUCGGAUGGGUGGUGGCUUCGCAGCAGCAGCAGCAGCAGGAGGAGGAGGAGGAGGAAUAGGCUGGCUGGCCCGCAUCGCAGCCAUGCUUGUUGGAGAGGAUCCUUCCCAGUGCUACGCUCUCAUCUGCAAGAACUGCCAUAUGCACAACGGACUAGCUCCGAAAGAAGAGUUCCAGUACGUGACGUACAUUUGCCCACACUGCCGGGCCUUGAAUGGAGGCCGGCAAUUGCAAAGCGGCGAGAACGAUGAGACACAGCGGCAGCACGAAAACCAGGCGGCGGCGGUAGCGGCGGUGGCAGCAGCAGCGGCGGCGGCGAGCUCGUCCUUCACGUCCAAAGAUUCCAAGCAGGAAAGCCGCAGCUCCAUGGUUACAGCAGCGCAGGAUCACGAGCCAGAUAUUUCUGAUAGCUAGAGCUCUCUAAAGAAGCUUUUGAGCAAAAGUUUGGAUGUGGAUACCAAAGAUUUUUUCAAGUAUAAUCUCUCAUUGAAGAUCUUGUCGUA